AUGGCUAGCAACACGGUCAUUGGCACUGCAACUUUGUUUCUCUCUCGGAAGGGAGAGUCAUUGCAGAGUCUCUAUGAACGAUACAAAAUACGAUGUGGAUAUCAUUUCGAUCUCUCAAAUAUUCCACUCAUAGUUCUCAAUUAUGACAAUGUUCAAUCUCCGAAAGAGGAACCAAUUGUGAGUGAGUGUAGAGGCUUGGUUCUCGAAUUGGAUACAUGGAAAGUGGUUGCUAGAGGAAUGACUCGAUUUUUCAAUCAACAUCAACAAUUAAAUAAUGGCUCACGUCAAGAUUUGCAGCAGCAGCCUCCACAGCAACUUGAUGCUUCUUCGGAAUCACUAGCUCCAAAUCAGGCGAAUAAUCCUGUUGCAUUUAAUUAUUCCAAUUUUUCGUUGGAAGUGAAAGAAGAUGGUACAUAUAUUCAAUUGUUUCAUUAUCGUGGAGAAUGGAUGGUGGCCACACGCCACAAUUUUUGUGAGGACUUUUGUGGAGGAGGCACUGACACGAAUAGAAUGACUUAUCGAGAAUUAUUUGUUGCAGCAUGUGGAGGAUUGGAAUUGAAUGACGUUUGUAAAGAUUUAGACACCUCCUAUACCUAUUGCAUUGAACUUUGUUCCCCUCUCAAUCAAGUCAUUCAAACCUAUGAUCAAAAAGUGAUUUAUUUAUUGACCGUUGUAAAUACACAAACAGGAGAGGAGCUUGCCAUCGAUCAAGUAGAUGCUAUUUGCCUAAAAUUAAGAAAACGAAAAGAAUUAAAAAGUUGGAAACGCCCACGGAGAUUUGACCAUUUUUCAAGUAAGGAACAAGCAUUUGAAUUUUUGAAAAAUUACUUUACGAAUGAAGAGGCAGGUCAGAACUCGAUGAGUAUAGAACAACGAUUGAGAGUGGAGGGCUUUGUCAUGAGAGAUCAAAACAACCAGAGACUCAAGCUAAAAAAUCCAUAUUAUUUAAUGAUUCACAAAAUGAAAUAUCGAGGGUGGAUACAAGCUGACCCCAAAUUAUUGGUUCCUUUUGUUUUGUUUUUCGAGGAUUACAAAUCGAGUGAGAACACUGGCAAGGAUCAUGGAACCGGUAAGAAACAGGUGUGUGACGACUCUGCAACAUGCAGUUCCUCCUUUCAUCUCUCCAAUUCAAACACAUCCACAAGUCUCAUCAACAUUAUGAAAAAUUUCUAUGAAUGUGAUUUUGAAAUGGAACAAUUACAAAAACGUUACAAUUAUUGUGCCACCAUAUUGGAGAAGGAAUUUAAACAAUUAGUGAGUGUGUGGAAGGAAAUUAGUGCUGAAAAAGAUGUAAUGUCACACAAUAUUCUUGAACAACUUCCACAAUCUCUCAAAAGUCGAACAAAAUUAUUUCCAUUAUGUGAAACGAUGUUACAACAAUUUGCAAGUAGUGAAAAUCAAGACACGAAACACCUCUUAUCCAUUCAUGCACUCGAACAAGUGAUGAAAAAUAAUUGUGAUCUAAUUCUUUCACAACUCUUCUCGUCACAACAACAAGUAGCAUCCUUUCGAUCUGCCGUGCUAGAGUACGACAAGAGUCACCCUCCUCAUUAUUGCAUACCCAAUAAGAAGAAGUUUAAAAUACCCAAUUCUGGACUCGCUUCGAAAAAACCCUACCUAGAAAAGCAAACCAAUCAAUACAAAGUACAGUGCUUUUGUGGAAAGCCCAUGGUGUUGAAAAGACUCAAAAGAGAUUUUGUGCAAUAUAGAACUUGUCACUGUGGUGCUGCUUUUGAUACCAUGACGUAUAAGGUUGGAACUUUAUUAUGGGUGUGUUCUUCGUAUCCAGAAUGUCUCUUGAAUCACAUGGCACAUCAAAUGGAUGAAAUGUUUUCCGAUGAAAAGAUUCAAUAUUUUAAAGGACAGCCACUAGGUAUUCCUAGCAGCGAAUUGUGCAAAACGAUGAGAUUGCAAAUUCAUGAAAUUAUGUCCAUCUUGAUGAAGAAGAAUAAUUGGAAAAAAAGUUAUUGCUAUGCAUUGAUGGCCUCUUGGUUAAAUGUUGACAAGAGUCAAGCUCAUGUUGCAUUGUUUUCUAUUGAGACAUGUUUGUUCAUUAUUCAGAAAUUUUUGGAUGAAUAUUCUGGAAUUUAUUGA